GAGGAGGCUGGAGGGAAGGGAUCACUCCAGUCUGAGCUCGGCUUCUCCAAGGCGCGCCUGCCCUCAGACCCACAUACAGCAGCAGGAGAAGGAGGAGGGAGAGAGAUUCUCACCAUCUCCAUCCCCAGGAGCACCUGGCUCCCUCUGCUCUCUAGGAUCUGUCUGUACCCAGCUGGAGGAGGGGGGGUGGGGGGUGGGGGAAGAGAGCCCAACCAGGGCCACUAACUUAGCCCAACUUUUUUACCAGCUCCAAUUUAGCCCCGGAUCUUGUCACUUCUGCCAGCGGUGGAGCACAGAUCGGGAUUAGACACUCGCCUUCCCUGCUCCGAGAUCCUCCUCCCCAGUGGCCACGAUGGGAAGUAAGACUCUGCCGGCCCCAGUGCCCAUUCACCCCUCCCUGCAGCUCACUAACUACUCCUUCCUCCAAGCGUUCAACGGGCUGCCCGCGGUGCCCUCGGACCACCUGCCCAACCUGUACGGCUUCAGCGCCCUGCACGCCGUUCACCUGCACCAGUGGACAUUGGGUUACCCAGCCAUGCAUUUGCCUCGCUCUUCCUUCUCCAAGGUGCCCGGGGUGUCCAGCUUGGUGGACGCCAGGUUCCAGCUGCCUGCCUUCCCUUUGUUCCCACACGUCAUCCAGCCCAAGCAAGAAGCCACCAGCGUGCCCCUCAAAGCCAAACCCCGGUUUGAUUUUGCCAACCUAGCUGUGGCCGCCACCCAAGAGGAUCACUCUAAAUUGGGCCAGGCGGACAGCCAGAGCUCGCCUCCAGGGCUCGGCUCCUUGCUCGAGGUAACUAAGCUCUCCCCGGAGAAGAAACCCACCCGGGGGAGGUUACCUUCCAAAACCAAGAAGGAAUUCGUCUGCAAAUUCUGUGGCAGACACUUCACCAAGUCCUAUAACCUUUUGAUUCACGAAAGAACCCACACCGAUGAGAGGCCCUACACGUGUGACAUUUGCCACAAAGCGUUCCGAAGGCAAGAUCAUCUGCGGGAUCACAGGUAUAUUCAUUCUAAAGAAAAGCCUUUUAAGUGUCAAGAAUGUGGGAAAGGCUUUUGCCAGUCCAGAACUCUAGCUGUCCACAAGACACUGCAUACGCAAGUAAAGGAGCUUAAACCUUCCAAACUUAAAUGCUGAAACCUCCAACACCCAUGAACUAACUUCCCCUCCAGACUUUAUACCAAAUUCAGAACAGACACAAAAAAAGCCCAGGAUGGGAGCACUGAAUUUUUUUUUAAUUAAAAAUAAAAGGUUCCCAAAUCCUGGCUUAAAAUAUUGUAUUGCCUUUGAAACACAUAUUAAUAAUAUGGAGAGUGCAAGAGAACUGGCUGUCUUGUGCGGCUUUGAUAAACUUUAUGCCAAAAGGUGGUGCUCACGUAUUGGACAGGAAUCUUCAUUUUUUAAAAGCAAAAACGUAGCUUCCAAAGGUAUUACUUUUUACAUUUUUUAUUUUAUACUUUUUUUGACUGUAUAAAGCUUCUUACUUAAACACUUCAGGAAACAAAAAAUUCCAGAAGACAAUUAAGAACUGAAACUUUGGCUUCUUGUUACAGCACCAUUGAGACCAGGAGAACAACUUGCAGACUUGUUUGUUUGUUUCUGUUGUUGUUUUCUUUUUAAAAAGAAAUGUUCCAAAGUGACCUAAAUCUCAAGUGAAGUCUGCCAUGCACUAAAAGCCUCAUAUAGAGCUUAGAGCUGCAGCAUCAACACUAAGUGGAGAUCUUGUUUUUGUUUUGUGGUCUAGUGCCUUGGGAGGUGGUUUAUAAUUUGUGGACUUAUUUAAAAACACCCAAAGGAAAGAAUAAUGGCAAUAAAUCAAACUGAUGCUAUGCACAAUGUGGUUUUAGUGGUACUUUAAAGUCUGUGUGUGUCUCGAUGAGAGAGUGGGCAGGAUAAAUCUCAACCUGAGAAUUUUAAAGGCUGGCUUUCUGAACAGUGUAUUAAAAAAAUUAAAACUAAGAGACAUUCCAAUAUGUUUUGUUUAUUAAAAAAGUUGUAUGGCUAUUUGGCACUUUAUGCUGAUUAUUGGUAAUUGACAUUUAUCACUGGAUUGUGUUUUUUAAGUAUUAAAAUAAAUUGUUAUUUUACAGGCAA